AUGGUGAAAGUGGGAAAGGUUGUGAUGGCAGCAGUACAGCUCCUCCAUGCGCUAGGUAAAAUUUCAAUUGUCAGACUUAUUGUACCACCCUGCUAUUUGAUUGACAAUGUGCAAUUGUUUCUUUUUACACUACAUGAUUUCUGUUUCACAUUUAUGUGUUUUAGAUAUGUGCAGAUUGGCAAUUCUCCACUGUACAAGUUAGAUAGAAAGCUGGGGAAGGGGAGUUUUGGACAAGUAUUCGUGGGAAGAAGAGUGCCUGGUGGUAUUGUUGGAACUGGGCCUGAUGCCUUUGAGGUUGCUUUGAAGUUAGAGCAUAAAAAUAGUAAAGGCUGCAGUCACGGUCCUCCAUAUGAGUGGCAAGUGUACAGUUCUCUCAAUGGUUGUUAUGGAAUUCCCUCUGUCCAUUAUAGAGGCCAGCAAGGAGACUACUAUAUCUUAGUCAUGGACAUGCUUGGCCCAAGUUUAUGGGAUCUUUGGAAUACUAAUAACCAAAUGUUGUCUGAAGAUACAGUUGCUUGUAUAGCAGUGGAGGCUAUAUCAAUUCUAGAACAGCUUCAUUUCAAAGGUUUUGUGCAUGGAGAUGUUAAACCUGAAAACUUUUUGCUUGGUCUUCCCGGAACACCUAAUGAGAAGAAGUUGUAUCUUAUUGAUCUUGGUUUGGCAUCAAAAUGGAGAGAUUCAUCAUCUGGUCGUCAUGUUGAAUAUGACCAAAAGUCGGAUGUUUUCAGAAUUUUGAAUGCUUGUGAUGUAUUUUCAAGAAUGAUUGUUGUUGGAACUAAAAACAGCAAUAAAAUGAAAAGAGCCUUCAAGAGGGAGCAUGAAGUGGAAUUUUUGACAUGUGUAUAG